AUGAAUGUUGUGCUUGGAACAAAGAAUCUUGGUGUGCUAAGAUCCAUUCAUUCAUCCGUUAUCCAUCACUGGAGGUUUCCUCAGAAACGAAAUGGCAUAUCGGCAAAAGAAAUUGGUAUUCUAAAACCAUAUAAAAGAGAAGCUGAUGGUGGUUAUCCUUUGGGACAGCGAUUUCCUGUUGAUAUAACAUGCUAUCUUGGUGAGCGUAAUAUGCGUGGUGAACGACCGUUGAAUUCAAUUAAUGGAAUGGAUUGCGUUGCACAUGACGAAAUUAUACCAUAUCGCCCAACCCAAUCAAAACCCAUCCAGCAUGAUAUGUUUGAAAGAAUUUUUGAAAUGGUUGGAGAGAAUUCCGAUGCAGAAUUCAAAUUUGUAAUUCGUGAAGAAUUUAUGCCGGAUUUCUUGGUGAAUAAAGGAGGAUCUUGGUUGGUACCUCAGGAAGUAUACAAAGAAAUAACUGGAGGAAUUCGAGUAACAGUUAUAACGUUUUAUUUGGGUAUUAAUAGAGUUAAUGGCCAACAGAAAUACUGUUGGCGCUAUACGGUUCGUUUGGAGAAUUUGGAAAGCACGACCUUAACAAUACGUGAACGUUCGAUGAAACUGUUUUGUCUAAAUAAUAUGCAACAAAUAAAUGAGAAUGGCAUUUUAGGAACUCACCCUUGUCUCUCUCCACUGUCACCGGCUUUUCAAUUUAGCAGUACGAUUGAUCUUCCUCAGUUCAAAGGAGCGCAUUUAUGGGGCAAAUUUAAACUUCAGCGUGAAUCUGGAUCACUUUUCGACAUUACCAUUCCAACAGUUAUGUUCGAUUGUAAGAGUGAACAUUCGCAAGAACAAUCAGAAACAUAG